AUAUGAACUCCUCCUCUCUACUCUCACUAUCAAUUCCAUGGACGCAACCGAUACUUCAUCUUCAGACGGGAAGAUCCACGGCCAAGAUCUUCAUAUUGGACCAAAUCAGGAAGUUUCUGACGACCUCCUCCGCCAACUUCAGUUGAAAAAUGAAUCACUCGUCUUCGAACUUGAAGCUCUUCGCAUGUCUUAUCAGAGCUUUCAAGCUAGAUCUAUGGAAACAGAGGAGAAAAUCGCUCUUCUAGUAAAGCAGAGGGAGGACGAUUUGAAUCAAAAGGCCGAGCUAGCUAAUGUAGUCGAGCAGAUAUCUGGUGAGAGAGAUGCUGUUAUUAAGGAACUUAACGAACUCAAAACAUCCUCAGGUGAGCGCUAUAUUGAGCUGGAGAAAAGGAUCGAUGAAGAAUCUAAGGAGAAUGAUGGACUUAGGCGCGAGGUCGUGGCUUUUGGAGAAAGAAUAGAGAAGUUAGUUGAUGAUAAGAAUAAGAUAGCCACGGUACUGAAAGAGUGUUUGGGAUGUACAAAAUCUGUUAAGGAAUGUCUAAUAAGGAUAAUUAAGAGUAUGGAUGAGGAUAAUUUUGUUUUCGAGGGUGAUCAGAAUGUAGAAGAAACAGAAUUGGAUGAAGAAAUGAGGGAAUUUUUGGUGAUGGUAAAGUCGACUUUGAAGGUUGCAGAGACUGCAGAAGGAAAAUUAGGUCAAUAUCAAGACAUGAGGAAUAAGCAGAAGAAAGAAUUGGAGGCUAGUAUAGUGAGUUUGACAGAGGAGAAUAGAGACGUAAACAGCUUGCUGAGGAUUGCUUUGGUGGAGAAAGAUGCGGUGGAGAAGAAUUUGAAUAAACUUAAGGGGAACAAUGAUCAGAAAAGAGGAGCCAUAUUGCAGAUAGCAGAGAGAGGCUUACAAAGAGUUGGAUUCGGAUUCAUGAUGGGGGGUGGAGCUAAUGAACCGUUGCCAGAAAGUUCGAGUGCUAGUAUGAAGUCAGACGGUAGUGAGGGUGAAGAGGAGGUCAUUAGUCUGGCCUCAACUAUGGAGAGAAUAAUGAAAAAUUUGCGACUUGAAAUUAGCCAGUUGAGGAGGUCACUCGAGGAAUCUAGGUCAGAUACCGAACGUUUGCAGAGUCUCACAGAGAAGCAAUCUCAUACAAUUCUAGAGAACACGAUGUACAUACGAGAGCUAGAACAUAGAGAAUCAUUGUUAGCUCAACACGUUGAAGAACUUGUGCAAGAAAUAAAAGAAUCUGAACAAGAGGCUGCAAGAUGGAGGGAGGCCUGUGAGUUGGAAGUAGAAGCUGGGAAGGGCAUUCUUGAUGAACAAGAUAGAUUGGUUUCUAUUCUAAAAAAUGAGCUGGAAAAGACAAAAGCAGCCUUGAAUAUAUCAAAUGGAAAGCUAAAGUUGAAAGAAGACCUUGCUUCUGCUGCCAUGGCUGUCCAAGCAGCAGCAGAGAAGUCCCUGCAACUAGCCGACAGCAGGGCAACAGGGCUACGUGAGAGGAUGGAGGAGCUGACAAAACAAUUGGAAGAAACAGAAGAAAGCAAUGGACAACGUCAACUCAAGGUCAAAGUGAGACACUUUUGUUGGCCCUUUCGAAUCCUCAAGAACAACAACACCAAUUCCAAGGGUCAAAAUUUCAAGAGGAUGCUUCCUGAGAUGCAAUCUCUCCUUCAAUGAAGCAAAAAUGACUUUCCUAAAGUCUUGAUUGACAUUUCAUGUUCAGGCCUGUCCUUUGUUUUUUUACUGUCUCCUGUUCUAUUAUUAACUUUUUUUUGAUAAAAGAAAAUGCAUCAAGAGAGUUAAUAAAUUUCAUAUAGAAUACA